AGCAUAUCACUAAAUUGAUGACUAUAUAAAGGUUCAUAUUUCUUCAAAGUUCAAUCAUCAAAUACAGAGUAGAAGCCUCAAAAUGAAAGAACUUGGGAAAACAGGGCAAAUGCCCUUAUUCGUAUGCCUUCUAAUUGUAAGCAUUAUGAUCUCUCAAGUGUCUGCUUUCGAUGCUUAUGUUUACGCAUCUCUCCCUACACCCAAAGAAAUUACACAUCCCGAUUAUAAAUCAUCACCACCUCCAAAAAAGGAAGAAUACACCUACAAAUCUCCACCUCCACCACCGAAAAAAUACUCAUAUACCUCUCCCCCACCACCAACAUACAAAUACAAAUCACCUCCUCCUCCAAAACACGUAGAACAUCCUGAGUAUACUUACAAAUCCCCACCUCCACCAUCAAAGAAGUACUCAUACAACUCUCCUCCUCCUCCACCAUAUCAGUACAAAUCACCUCCUCCUCCUAAACACGUUGAGCAUCCAGAGUACACUUAUAAAUCUCCACCCCCACCUCCAAAAAAAUACUCCUACACCUCUCCCCCACCACCAACAUACGAGUACAAAUCUCCUCCUCCUCCUAAGCACGUAGAACAUCCUGAGUACACCUACAAAUCCCCACCUCCACCACCAAAGAAGUACUUUUACAGCUCUCCUCCACCGCCACCAUACCAGUACGAAUCCCCUUCUCCUCCUAAGCACGUAGAACAUCCUGAGUACACCUACAAAUCUCCACCUCCACCACCAAAGAAGUACUCAUACAGCUCUCCCCCGCCACCGCUAUACCAAUACAAAUCGCCUCCUCCUCCUAAGCACGUAGAGCAUCCUGAGUACAACUACAAAUCUUCACCUCCACCACCUAAGUACUCUUACAGCUCUCCCCCACCACCAUAUCAAUACAAAUCGCCACCUCCUCCAAAACAUGUAGAACAUCAUGAAUACACCUACAAAUCUCCACCUCCACCUCCAAAGAAGUACUCCUACAGCUCUCCUCCACCACCACCAUAUCAAUACGAAUCACCACCACCUCCAAAGCACGUAGAGCAUCCUGAGUAUACCUACAAAUCUCCACCUCCGCCUCCAAAGAAGUACUCCUACAGCUCUCCUCCACCACCACCAUAUCAAUACGAAUCACCACCACCUCCAAAGCAGAUAGAACAUCCUGAAUACACCUACAAAUCCCCACCUCCACCACCAAAGAAGUACUCGUACAGUUCUCCCCCUCCGCCACCAUAUCAGUAUAAAUCACCUCCUCCUCCUAAGCACGUAGAGAAUCCCAAGUACACCUACAAAUCCCCACCCCCGCCUCCAAAGAAGUACUCUUACAGUUCUCCUCCACCUCCACCAAAGAAGUACUCAUACAGCUCUCCCCCGCCACCACCAUACCAAUACAAAUCGCCUCCUCCUCCUAAGCACGUAGAGCAUCCCGAGUAUAACUACAAAUCUCCACCUCCACCACCUAAGAAGUACUCUUACAGCUCUCCCCCACCACCAUAUCAAUACAAAUCACCACCUCCUCCAAAACAUGUAGAGCAUCCUGAAUACACCUACAAAUCUCCACCUCCACCUCCAAAAAAGUACUCCUACAGCUCUCCUCCACCACCACCAUAUCAAUACGAAUCACCACCACCUCCAAAGCACGUAGAGCAUCCCGAGUAUACCUACAAAUCUCCACCUCCGCCUCCAAAGAAGUACUCUUACAGCUCUCCUCCACCGCCACCAUAUCUGUACAAGUCACCACCACCUCCAAAGCAGAUAGAACAUCCUGAAUACACCUACAAAUCCCCACCUCCACCACCAAAGAAGUACUCGUACAGUUCUCCCCCUCCGCCACCAUAUCAGUACAAAUCACCUCCUCCUCCUAAGCACGUAGAGAAUCCCAAGUACACCUACAAAUCCCCACCCCCGCCUCCAAAGAAGUACUCUUACAGUUCUCCUCCACCGCCACCGUAUCAGUACAAAUCACCACCACCUCCAAAGCACAUAGAACAUCCUGAAUACACUUACAAAUCCCCACCUCCACCACCAAAGAAAUAUUCAUACAGCUCUCCCCCUCCGCCUCCAUACCAGUACAAAUCACCCCCUCCUCCUAAGCACGUAGAGCAUCCUGAAUAUACUUAUAAAUCCCCACCUCCACCACCAAAGAAAUAUUCAUACAGCUCUCCCCCUCCGCCUCCAUACCAGUACAAAUCACCCCCUCCUCCUAAGCACGUAGAGCAUCCCGAAUAUACUUACAAAUCUCCACCUCCACCAACAAAGAAAUAUUCCUACAGCUCACCCCCACCCCCAUCAUAUCAAUACAAAUCACCACCUCCUCCAAAGGACAUACAACAUCCUGAAUACACCUAUAAAUCAUCACCUCCACCAUAUUAUUAUGCAUCUCCUCCACCUCCAUCACCAUCUUUGCCUCUAUCUUAUUACUACAAUUCACCCCCUCCUCCUAAGGAAUACUAAAAGAGUUUGACUAAUAUUUCACUUUUGUGCCCGACGAGAGCUUAGUUCGUGUGGAUUUUGUUGGUCUUCAAGAUUUCCUGAUUGUUCGUUUCUCCAUUUAUCCAUCAACAAUCAAGUGGUUCACUGAGAUUGUUGAUUUAUCACGUUUGUAUCAUUGCCUUUUAUUUUAGUUAUCGAUGAAAAUUCAUUAUGUAAUUCUGAAUUAUUAGUACCUCAUGCGAUUGUAAGGUUUUUGUGAUCUAUUUAAUCGAUUAUCUUCUUCUUUCUA